ACCCGGCAAAACCAAUCGAAAUUUUCCCCCCUUCUUCCGCCGCACGGCGCCUCUUAUCCGCUCCCCCCCUCCUCCUUCCCUCCCAAGGCGCCGCCGCCAAAUCCAAAUUCCAACUCCAAAUCUCCCCCCAAAAUCCCCACGCGCUGCGCGUAUAAAUCCACCCGCCUUCCUUCCCUCCAUUCCUCACCCCCAAAUCCACCUCUUCCCGCUCCCGCUUCCCAAAAAUCCCCCACCCGGCCGGAACAGAUCAACCACGGAAGAUGCCGGCGGCGCCGAAUCUCGUCGACGCGGAGGAGCCUCUGCUGGCGGAGUCCUCGGACCGCUUCUCCAUGUUCCCGAUCCGGUACCCGCAGAUCUGGGAGUUCUACAAGAAGGCGGUGGCGUCCUUCUGGACGGCCGAGGAGGUGGACCUCUCCUCGGACGCGCGCCACUGGGACGAGACGCUCUCCCCCGACGAGCGCCACUUCAUCUCCCACGUGCUCGCCUUCUUCGCCGCCUCCGACGGCAUCGUGCUCGAGAACCUCGCCUCCCGGUUCAUGUCCGACGUGCAGGUGGCCGAGGCCCGCGCCUUCUACGGCUUCCAGAUCGCCAUCGAGAACAUCCACUCGGAGAUGUACUCCCUGCUGCUCGAGACCUACAUCCGCGACGCCGCCGAGAAGGACCGCCUCUUCCGCGCCGUCGACACCGUCCCCGCCGUCCGCCGCAAGGCCGUCUGGUCCAUGCGCUGGAUCGAAGGCGGCGAGCGCUUCGCCGAGCGCCUCGUCGCCUUCGCCUGCGUCGAGGGCAUCUUCUUCUCGGGCUCCUUCUGCGCCAUCUUCUGGCUCAAGAAGCGUGGUCUCAUGCCGGGGCUCACCUUCUCCAACGAGCUCAUCUCGCGCGACGAGGGGCUGCACUGCGACUUCGCCUGCCUCCUCUACGAACUCCUCAACGGCAAGCUCGAGGAGUCCCGCGUCCGCGAGAUCGUCGCCGACGCCGUUGACAUCGAGAGGGAGUUCAUCUGCGACGCUCUGCCAUGUGCCCUCGUCGGCAUGAACGCCGGACUCAUGGGCCAGUACAUCGAGUUCGUCGCCGACCGCCUGCUCACGGCUCUGGGGUGCAGCAAGAUGUACAACGCCGUCAACCCGUUCGACUGGAUGGAGCUCAUCUCGCUGCAGGGCAAGACCAACUUCUUCGAGAAGCGCGUCGGCGACUACCAGAAGGCUUCCGUGAUGUCGAACCUCAACGGCGGCGCCGCUACCAAUCACGUCUUCAGCAUCGACGAGGAUUUCUGAAGACUUCCUUUCAUCAUCCAACUCCGUCCGUUGCCAACCUUAGUAUACUAGUAAUGCUUCACAAAAUCACAAUAAUGUUUAAAGCUGUUAUGAGCUGCUGGUUCUUGUUCGAGUGAUGUACAAUGUAAUCUAUGAACCAAGUUAUUAUUUCUGGAUACUUUGACGAAAUGGUUUAUGCCAA